CAUUCAAGUUUAACCAUGCAAGUGAAGUACACAAAAAUAACUUCCAAGUUCGAUUUAUCAGUUGUUCGCCAUUCACAGCCUAUAAAGAAACUCAAUCUCUACUAACAUUCCAAAUGUUUUUUAAAUCAGCGAACGAAACUACGCAGCAACCCUCAGCAAUAAUCUUAUGAAAUCAGUUAUCUUCGUAUUUAAACCUGUGGUUAUAUCUUGUUAGUUAUCAGAAAUGGUGAGAGAAAUCCGAUCCCAGAACAGAUUAUUACUAACAGGCACGCCAUUACAGAACAAUCUUCAUGAACUUUGGGCAUUGUUGAACUUUUUACUUCCUGAUGUUUUCAGUUCAGCAGAGGUAAGAUUAGUGUUUAAGAGAAAUGUAAUUUAAAUGACUCUGGCUGUUUUGGUUAAGAAAAUAUUUAUGUCACAUUCUUUCUUGGAAAUUUGUAGGAUUUUGAUGCGUGGUUUAAUUCUAAUAAUUUAGUAGAAGAAAAACAAUUGGUUGAAAGACUUCAUUCGGUACGUAUAUCAUUAUCAACUCGCCCUGUCCAACUGUCGUAAAAGCCUAUAUCUCACGCAUGCGCUGCUUGAUUACCUCUAGCGCCAGUGAGCUCUAUAUAUCUGGAGCAAGAACUUCAGUCAUUCAUGAGAAGGUGAAGCCAAGAUGGCGGCCAUUGACGUCCAAUAGUUCUGAAGGUCGUAAACAGUUUUAAUAACAUUCUCCCAGCUUAUUCCAGUUUUUUAAAACACGGAAUUUUGGCACACUCCUUGCGGCUUCGUGUUAAAUGCGCAGACAAAAACAGUAGAAAAGGGGCUGAAACUGACGUCCAAGAGCACUAUCUUGGCUUCACUUUAUGAACUCAAGUUCUCCAAAUAUAUGCAGAGCUGACUGUCUUGCGCUCAAGGCCGGAUUUUGGUGGAAAUAGUGGGGGAGGUGGAAAAAAAUUUAGGGGAGGUGCAGCGGUAUAGCUCAGGCCCCCAUCGAAAGUUAGGUCUUAGAACGGGCUAAAGUCAACGACGUGACGUAUAUGCAUGUAGUGUGUAUCAGUGUAUUAAUGAAUUAUGACUGUACAACUCAUCCAAUUUUACCCUUCAUUACAAUUACUGCAAAGUUUCUUUCAAAACAUUGCAUUGAAAGGGUACUUGACACAGAGAUGAAUGGCUAUCACUGUUUCAAUUUUACAGAAAAACUUUCUUACGAAGUGUAGACCGUAAGCAACCAAAAAAUGUAAAAUUUUCACUUUGUUCUAUCAUUGAAACUUUUCUAAGGGGAGGUGCAUGAUUUUUCAGGGGAUAGGUGCAAAAAUUCUCAGGGAAGAUGCAAAACGAUCUCAGGGGAGGUGCGCACCUCCCCCACCCCUCCCCUCAAAAUCCGGCCAUGCUUGCGCUGCCUUGUUACCCUCUAGUGCUAUUCCUAAAGAAGCCUCUGGUGGGAAGAGUUCACAGCCAAUGUGUUUCUACACUAUAAGUUCAAUUAUAAAUAUUUUAAAAUAUUACCUAUCGAGCGUUGGCUAUCAAGCGCCUUGAAACAAGACUGCUGAUGAAAACAAAAUUUUUAGGUUUUGAGACCGUUCUUGUUACGACGUUUGAAAUCUGACGUGGAGAAAGGGCUUCUACCAAAGAAAGAGACAAAGAUUUACGUUGGACUGACAAAAAUGCAGAGAUCUUGGUAUGUUUGUAAUAACAUUGAGUCGUAUGAUUAUAACACUGUAUAAAAUAAGGAAGGAUGAAACUAAACCUGAAAAAUACAAGAACUACGACAUUCUGAGCGAAGCCCUUCAUCAGGAAGUUAAUAGGGAGCUUAAGCAUGUAGGACGGUAACACGACGACGACGGCCAAAACAAAUUCCUUCAAAUAAAUGAGAGUAAAGAAAACUUGUCGUAUAUUAUAAUUCGUAUGAAUUUAAUACAGUAUAAGAAGUUGAAAGCAUUGGCUUUAUGUUUGGGAAGAGUUCUACUGAACCGAAUUUUAAGUUGCACUUGUUACGGUUUGAAAUGCAGGCGUUGUAUAAAGACGUGAAAAUCUGUGAUUUGCCGUUGUAAACAAAGCGAAGACUACGUCUGAAACUCCCCCGGGACUUUAUUUAUUUGUUUUCAUUGACUCAUUGUAUUGGUUGCCGUCGUCGUCGUGUUGCCGUCCUACAGUACAUGCUGAAGCUCCAUAAUAGCGGUUAGAAAUGGCGAAGGGCCUUCGCUCGAAAUGUCGAAGUUCGCCUUGUAUUUUUCAGGUAGUUGCAUCCCUAUUCAUCCCCAUCUUUCUUAUUAUUGGCACUACUUAUACUCGUCUGCCACUCGUAGAAAUAUUGACCAUUCAAUAAGAAAGGCCUUAUGUAGCCCCUUUGUGUAUAUACUACUUUUCCAGUUUCAACCUUCAGCUUAAAUGAUAAUAGUCAACAUGCUUUCUUAGGUAUACUAAUAUAUUAAUGAAAGAUAUCGAUGUCGUGAACGGAGCUGGCAAGUCAGACAAAAUGAGAUUGCUAAACAUUCUGAUGCAGUUACGAAAAUGUUGUAAUCAUCCUUAUCUUUUUGAUGGGGCAGAACCAGGUAUUAGAUCCAAUAAAAAUAUGUUCUAAAAAUCAAUCAGGCUUUUUUUUCGGGGAUUUUUUAGGGCCGUUAAACGGCCCCAAAAACUCUAUCUUGAAUUGAGUUUUGAAACUCAAUCUUCUCACCAAAGUUUCAGUGCAGUAAAAAUGAUGUUGUUUGAGUUAAAUUCGUGACGUGUGGAAAUUAGUUUUCAGUUGGAAACCCGACAAUAGACAAUUCCCAUUAUAGACUAAUUUUAAAACUAGGCAAGGAGAUCACAAAAGUAUACAAAAUUUGCGAACUUUGCAAGGCUAUAUUUUCCUCAUUUUACAACAUUUCGCAACCAAACUUUGUAAUUUUACUAAUUUUAGUAUGCUCUCUCUAGCUGUGGUGAUUUAUUUGAGUUUCCUUGCCUAAUUUUAAAAUUAAUCUAUAAUGGGAAUUGUCUAUUAAGAAAAAAUGGCUGGAAUUCAUCUCACAACAUAAGAAAAACUAUGCAUUCACCAUCUUUAACCAGUUUAUAGUGUCCCUGCUUUAACACAUUCAGUCUCAACUACAUUUAUUGAGUAUACGUGUCAGCCCCCGGUGGGGGGGAGGGGUGCAGCCACUCCAUCUGUUCAGCUAAACUCAAUCUUCUCUGCAAAAACGGAUCCAAGAGAAAAUCCUGAAAAAAACCCUGUCAAUGUUAUUUUGUUAGGUUAUACAAAGCAGCAUUUGCUGCAGUGUACACAAAUAAUGCUGUAGAAAUCAAUUUACUGUCUUAUGCGUUUUUAUGUUUUGUCCUCGCUAAAUGAAAGGGACAUUCUAUUUGAAUCGAAACCCACAGUAUAACGUUGUGUAAACAAUAGAAUAUGGAGAUAACGUUUGCAACCUAGAUAAAUUACAAUCCUGGAAAGAAUUAAUGAUAGACGAGGUCGAACAAAAGAUUGUGCUUUGUCAAUGAUAUGCAGGUCGUCUGGUCGAUUAUAAUUGCGAUAGUUUAAAACCACGGUCCAGUUGUUUAAAAGCCGGUUUGUCUAAUCCGAGGUUAACGAAAUACUCAAAAACAUAUUUUCCGGCAAUCUUGCUUGGAUCGAAGUUUUAUUUUCUGGCGUCUUGAAGUAAACGGAUUUGAAGAUGUCUCGAAACCAAAACAGCGGCUUAAAUUUUAAUCCAGGAUUAGCACUAAUCCAGAUAUGAACAACUGGGAAUAUCUGGGGAUCUCACUCGAUAGAACUUAUUGCUGACGGGAUUUGUAAAUGGAAUUUUCGAAUGUGAAUUUUUCUACAUUUAUUAGACUUUUAAAACCGACGACGUUUGGCGGGAAUUUGACAGACAUUAGGUAUAUAUUCCCGUGUUUUUUUACGACGACUUUUGUUUUCCUAUUUGUAGGUCCGCCAUACACUACAGACCAGCAUUUAGUCGACAAUUCUGGCAAACUUCGCGUUCUUGAUAAACUGUUACCUAAAUUACAAGAACAAGAUUCCCGUGUGCUGAUAUUUAGUCAAAUGACAAGAGUGCUGGACAUAUUAGAAGAUUAUUGUUUAUGGAAACAAUAUAAUUAUUGCCGUCUGGAUGGUCAAACGCCACAUGAAGAAAGACAAAUUUCUAUUAAUGACUUUAAUAUGCCUAACAGUGAGAAGUUUAUAUUUAUGUUAAGUACACGAGCUGGAGGAUUGGGUAUUAAUCUGGCGACGGCUGAUAUUGUUAUCUUGUUCGACAGUGAUUGGAAUCCCCAGGUUGAUCUGCAAGCUAUGGUACGUAUUCAUAUUGAUAUAAAAUAUUGAAUAUCCCAGAGCUAUUCAAAGGGAUAUUCCCAUGCAAAUUUGAAAACAUUUUAUGCGCUAAUAUUUACUGAUUAAACUUUUCGUAAUCCUAUUACUAAUUUUUACAAUAGUUAUAUAGUUAAUCCCUGGGCAAACUAGGAAACAUUGUUGUGGAAACAUUUGUGAUUCUCGAUGUUUCCUCAAAUAUUUCCCUGUUUGCCCACCCGUGGAAACACUGUUGCGUAAACAAAAUUUGCUUCCCGAGAAGCAAAAAUGUUUCCUAGCGAAUUCAGAAACAUUUGAUGUUUCCCUAUGUUUCUCACUAAUGUUUCCUAGUGUUUGCCCACUCUGGGAAACAUGGCGAAACAUUGAUAGGAAACAAUGUUUCCGCAACAAUGUUUCCUAGUUUGCCCAGGGCUUUAGUUUGAUGUAUUACGUUUCCACACCAGGAUCGCGCACAUCGUAUUGGUCAAAAGAAGCAAGUGCAGAUAUUUCGCUUCAUUACGGAGAGUACUGUUGAAGAACGUAUUGUUGAGAGAGCAGAAAUGAAGUUACGUCUUGAUAAUGUCGUUAUUCAACAAGGUAAUGCUUAGCACGAACUGUCAGUGUAGGUAGUGCCAAUAAUAACAAACUUUCGUUGGAAGGGAUGCAUCUACCUGAAAAACAUAAGGAGCCCUUCAUCUGGAGUUUCUCAAUGCUUAUCACGAACUCGUGUUUAAUGUUUACUCCAUAUCUUGGAUCUGUUGAGAUGUGACGUGAAAUUAGCUGAACAACUGAUGUGGGUGUGCAUAAUCGCUCAUGUUUACCGCUGGCUCAUGUUCACCUGUACACGGCUAAAAACGCACAGGUUGUUCCAAGUUGAUUUCGACAGGUGUGAACAAUGUUGUGCGGCCAACUAUGAAAUAGUUGUCAACCAUGUUGAUCCAAGUUGUUACAGUUGAACAAUGCUGUAACAACAUGUUGACAAUACUGUUCAUAGUGGGCCGCACAACCUUGUUCACGCCUGUUGAUAUCAACCUGGAACAAGUUGUUGAUUUUCUCAAUUUUUACGCGUGUACCUAUUUACACGGCAUAAAUGAUUAAUUUUGCAUGUACAAUCUGUUAAACCUAGGGGGAAAAACUCAAUGCCAAGCUGAUCUAAAUAUCAAACAUGUUCAAGUUUCAUGCAUGUGCUCGUCUGGCGGAGCGUCAUGCUAGAAAUUGAUAGUUCUGAAUUAAAAACCGUCUCUAAAUCAUAUUGGGGUCGGUAGUAUACGAAGGCCGGAUAGUGCUAUUCAACCAUCGUAAAAUGCUUGAAAAGUUAUAAAACUACGAAUAUGGAUCCCACAAUAAAUAAAAGGAAACUUUAAUCUGGGUUAUACUGGUGCGCUGGAUAACGCUUUCCGUCACAACGUUAAGCGAAGAUUUUCACGUCUUUGCAACGUGAAAGCUCAUGGGCGACGUUAGAUGUGUUACACAAAAUCAGCCUUAUAUCAAACACCACAUCGUUUCUCCUGAACUUUGCUGUUUGUGACGUUAUUUUAAAAAGCUUCAAGCAUUUAUUACAGUAAUCAAAGUACUUAGCGCUCAUUCCUGAGAUGAAAUGAGACCGUGUCGUCGAGUUUGCCGCAACGUAUAGAUCUAAAACUCCCUAUUGUGUAGUUUAGUGAUUUUCAUUAUUUUUACGUUAUUUGUAAUUUCAUCCAGGUCGACUGGUCGAUCCUAAUCUAAAGGUUGGCAAACAAGAAAUGUUGAGUAUGAUUCGACAUGGUGCUGACGAAGUUUUUGCUUCAAAAGAUUGUGAACUGACUGAUGAAGAUAUUGAUGUGAUCUUGAAGAGAGGUGCAGUCAAGGUGGGAAUGAAAACUUGACGUUGUUUCAUACUGUAACCAUGCAUCUGCUCAACUACCAAGUUCAGAUGGUGUUUUACCUGAGAUCAACUCUCUAAUUUCUAAGAAUUAUUACAAAAUAAUUAGUGUUUCAUUGUAAACAUGUAAUGCCAGGGCAAAGUAACUAUUCUAUAAGUUGGAGGAAUUACAUUGACGGAGUGGUUGAGUAUUUACAUACGUUGCUCCCACAAAGUGUAAUGAUUGAUGUGUUAAAAGAUUCGAUGACUGAAGUUUACAGCAAUAAAGAGUUGAAAUAUCUCGGGCAACCGAAAUUCACACCCCCAAAUUUUCGCCACUGUUGACCAAUAGAACUAACACACGCACAUUGAUUGAUUAUAUUUUAAUAUCAUUUUCUAGACGGCUGAGUUAGAAGAAAAAAUGAAACAGUUUGGCGAAAGUACAGCAAAGAAACUUACUUUAGAUUCUGUUCCUGUCGAAAGUAUAUUUCAUUUUGAAGGAGAAAAUUACAAAGAAAAGCAAAAGGUAUAUAUUGCUAUACUAUACAAGGUCCGUUUACAAUUGCAAUUUUUGCUGCGAUUUUCAAUGCGAUUUUCUUCUGAUGGAUGAGUUAUGUUCAGAUGAGUGUACUCAGCAAUGAUAACUCAUCUACUCGUUCACAUCCAUCAGAAGUAGGAAAUCGCACCAGAAAUCGCAGCAAAAUUUGCAAGUGUAAAGGCGGUUUUCCAGUCCUCGCACGAAGCUCCACGCAAUAGGCAAUUCCAGCUUUUAGUUUAUGCCUGCAGGGGAUGAUGGGAAGUAAGUUAUCAUAUUGCCGAUUAUGCUGAAAAAUUUCAAUAAAAACUGCCGAAACAACCGAAAUAUUUCAAUAUUUACAAGUACGAGCUCUCACUCCGUGUUUACACGGCCACCAUUUUUUUAUUUUUUCAGCAUAAUCAGCAAUAUGAUACCUUACUUCCCAUCAUUCCCUCCACGCAUAAACUAAAAGCUGGAAUUGCCUAUUCGCUGCGAGUGCAUGCAUAAGCACUUUCAUCCAAUCACAAUGUUUAAGAGUUCAUUUUAAUUAGAUCGAGCUUCGUGCGAGGACUGGAAUUGCGCCUUAACGUGCGAGGACUGGAAUUGUGCCUUAAUAUUGACCUCAUAUACGUCAUGGUCACCUGGACAGAAUGAGCUAGUGGCUCUAUUUCUAGUGUGCAUGUGUUUGUAGAACGAGUGCUAAGGUUGGAUUAAUAUUAAAAGGAGUGAAUACUACGGACAUUACAUUGCUUCUACCGUAGACUUCAAAGUUCUUUCAAAUCAUGUCAUUACUAAAGACAGUAAAAGCUAGGGGGAAAUUUUGACGCGGACUUGCGGCAAGUGUAUAUGUUCCGUAUUGCGUCUUGUAAUGGAAUUUAUUCUUUUAAACUUAGUUCGAAUUUAUUGUGUGUUUUUAGUUUCCAGGCGUAUCUCAUUGGAUCGAACCUCCAAAACGGGAGCGUAAAGCCAACUAUGCUGUCGAUGCUUACUUCAGAGAGGCUCUGCGUAUUACAGAACCCAAGGCUCCAAAGGUAUUUAACUUGGCUUUAAAAAUUAUACACUUAAUUUCGUAAGAAGUCAAACUGAUCCAAAACCAGUUUAUGAAUGAUGGUUAUACAGGCAGACAUGUUGCUUUACUUGUUCUUGGUAGGAAUACAUUUAUGUGUUUUUAAAGUUUUGAACUUUAAUAUUCUUUCAUAUAUGUCAGAUAGGUACAAUUUUCGCCUUUUCUCCUAUCUUAUCAAUUCCAAUGUAUUUUUAUUGUAAUUUUCCAUACAGGCUCCACGUCCACCUAAACAACCUAACGUGCAGGAUUAUCAAUUCUUUCCACCAAGACUUUUCGAGUUAUUGGACAUGGAAAUUUACGCAUUCAGAAAGAACAUUGGUUAUAAGGUA